ACACCACAGAGCACUGAAUUCCCACUGGAGAGGAGUUGCACAGUUGUCUUAAGGAAAGCACCAUGGUUCAAGCCAAGACCUGGAUCCUGAAGCAGCACUUUGAGGGAUUUCCUAAAAACAGUGACUUGGAGCUGAAGCUGGAGCAGCUGCCUGAGCCCAAAGAUGGAGGUCAGGUCAUGAAAUCUACAUUUCAUUAUCUGUCUGCUUUGUGCAUGUCUUCUUUUCACUUAUUGUGGAUCAUUUUUGCAGAGGUACUUCUGGAAGCAGUGUUCCUAAGUGUGGAUCCCUACAUGCGACCUUAUAGUCGUGUGCGAAUGCAGCCAGGAGAUGUGAUGAUCGGAACUCAGGUGGCCAAAGUAAUUCAGAGUAAAAACCCAGCUUUUCCUGAGGGCAGUCAUGUGGUUGGUCGAUGCGGAUGGAGGACACACACUGUAUCAGAUGGAACCGGUUUAAUUCGGGUACUGAGCGACUGGCCUAAGGAUGUUCCUCUUUCUCUUGCACUCGGGGGCAUCGGCAUGCCAGGGCUGACUGCCCUGUAUGGUUUAGAAGAGGUAUUGGCCAUCAAACCGGGUGAGAUGCUCCUGGUGAACGCGGCGGCUGGUGCUGUGGGCAGUGUUGUGGGUCAGAUCGCUAAACUGAAAGGCUGUAAAGUGGUGGGUUCAGCUGGGAGCGAUGCUAAAGUGGCCUUUCUAAAAGAGCUCGGUUUUGACCAUGCUUUCAACUACAAAACUGUGCCAUCUCUGGAGGAAGCUCUAAAACAGGCCUCACCAGAGGGAUAUGAGUGCUACUUUGAGAAUGUUGGUGGACAGUUCUCCACCGUCGCACUCUCACAGAUGAAGCAGUUUGGGAGGAUUGCAGUUUGUGGAGGAAUUUCCCUUUACAAUGAUAAAGAACCCCAAAUAGGUCCUUAUCCACACAUGCAUAUGAUCUUUAAGGAGUUGCGUAUGGAGGGCUUCCUGGUGGGGAGAUGGGCGCAUAAAAAUGACGAGUCUCUGAGAAGGCUGUUGACUUGGCUGCAGGAGGGAAAGCUGAAGUGUAGAGAGCAUGUGACUGUUGGGUUUGAGAACAUGCCAGCUGCCUUCAUGGGGAUGCUGCAGGGAGAAAACAUGGGGAAAGCCAUCGUUAAAGUCUGAAGACCUUUCUUCUGGCGCCGUAUUGCAAAACUCUGAGAAUGUAAUAAAUUCUUUGGCUUGUUUUUGAA